AUGGUUGGAAAACAAAGACUUAGAAGACCAACUUCAAAAGAGGCUCCGUCAGCUUCAAGUGAUAGUAGUGAUAUAGAAGGAAAUGACGAUCAAUUAUAUGGUGAUAUAGAUCAUUUACGUGAGAUGGUAGGUGAUAGUGGUAACGAGUCAAUUUCAGACUUAGAUAUUGCAUCCGAUUCAGAUGGGGAUCAUAACUAUAUUGAUAACGACUAUGAUAGUGCCAGCAGUGGUAAAGACUCAUUGCUCGCAGAAUUUUCAGACUAUGAAGAAGGAUCAGAUGAAGAUGAUGAACAAAAUUUUAUGGACGCUAUCAGGGAAGCUAAUAAUUUCAAGGUGAAAAGAAGAAAGAAGAAAAAUGGGAAAGUAGUAAGAACAAGAAGAGAUAGGGUAAUUGACCCAGAGGUUGCUGAUAUUUUAUCUAGAGCUAAUGAGGCAUUUGUGAGAAAUGAUUUACAAGUCGCAGAGGGUCUAUACAAUGAAAUCAUUAAGAAAGACCCUCGUAAUUUUGCUGCAUACGAAACGCUUGGUGAUAUAUAUCAGUUACAAGGUCGUUUGAACGAUUGUUGUAAUUCCUGGUUCUUAGCGGCACAUAUUAAUUCAUCUGAUUGGGAAUUCUGGAAGAUUGUCGCGAUCUUAUCUGCUGAUCUAGAACAUUAUAGACAGGCCAUAUACUGUUUUUCCAGAGUUAUUAACAUUAACCAUGAGGAAUGGGAAUGUGUCUAUAGAAGGGCAACAUUAUAUAAGAAAAUUGGUCAAUUGGGUAAAGCUCUUGAAGGGUUUCAGAAAUUAUACAAAAACCAUCCUCUUGACGCUACCUUUUUAAGAGAAUUAGCUAUCUUAUAUGUUGAUUACGAUAAAGUUGAUGAAGCCAUUGAAUUGUAUAAGAAUGUGUAUGAAACAAAUAUUCAUAGGAGAUGGGCCAUUGAAAAUGCUAUGGAGAAUGCUAUGGACUCUUCAUCUUCUUCGGACGAAGAAGACGAAGACAAUGAUGAUCAGCUUUCUCCUAGUAAUAAAGAAAAGAAAAAGAAAAAACAGAAAAGUAAUGAGGAUGAGGAUGUAGAUGAAAAUCUUGCAGAUGAACAUUUGGAAGAGAUGGAACUAUAUCCGGAAAUAAAUUGGAAAAAAAUUAACAGAAAAUAUAAAUGUAUUCCUUUCGAUUGGUCUUCCCUGAAUAUUGUUGCAGAAUUAUAUUUAAAGUCACCAUUAGGUGGUGUAGCUGGAAUUAAGGUAUUGAAAGCUUAUGCACGUUGGAUUGAAAGAAGAGAAAAUCAAACAUUUUGGAAUGAUGUUGUUGAUGAUUCAGAAUACGAUAUGAGAAAAACUAAAAAUAGUCGAUACGAUGCUUUACCAAAUAGUGAAAAGGAAAAAUCAUAUACUUUGCCGAUAGAUAUUAGAGUGAGACUUGGUUUAUUAAGAUUGUCCAACGAUAAUUUCACUGAAGCAAUGAACCAAUUUCAAUUUUUAUAUGAUGAAAACUUCGAAGAUACUGCUGAUUUACAUUUUGAAGUGGCCGUUGCCCUAACAAAGGCUGAGAAGUUCCAGGAGUCGAUAGAUUUCUUUUUGCCACUAUCUUCAAUUGAAGAUUUCCAGAAUGUUCAAUUAUAUGAAUGUCUUGGUAAAUGUUACAAAGAAAUCGAAAAUUAUGAGUUUGCAAAAGAUAAUUAUGAAAAGGCUAUAGAGUUAGAUCCGACUAUCCUUGAAAAUAAAUUAGACCUAGCUGAAGUUUAUUAUCACAUGGGUAACAAUGAAAUGUUCAAAUCAUUGUUACAAGAAGUUACUGAAAUACGGAAGAAACAGGAUGCUGCUCUCUACGGUAGUAUAGAAAAUGAAUCAAAGCAAGAAAAACACAAAACAGUGGAUGAGCGAGACAAGUCUAGCAAACCUUUAUUAGAAGAUAGUAUGUUUAGACAAUAUAACUCAAAAAGAAAGAAGACUCCGCAAGAUAUUGAGCGUGAAAAGAUCGAUCGUGAAAGGAAGAUUACCACGAAGGUUGUAGACAAAUAUAAGAGUUUAGAUGAUUAUGAGAAGGAAAUUAGUGAAGGUAAUGAGAAAUUAAUUCGCUCAUGGAUUGACACAGUUUCGGAUCUUGUAGAUGUUUUCUCAAGUAUCAAAAAUUUCUUCGUCAGAAAUCGUUCGAAGAAAUUUGUGGGUAUUAUUCGUAGAACUAAGAAAUUUAAUACUGUUUUAGACUACCAAUUAGAAAGACUGUCCAAGUUAUCAGAAGGUGAUAACCUUUCAGACGGGUUGCCACUAAUGGAAGAGCGUGUCACCCUUACUUCAACAACGGAGUUGAGAGGGCUAACUUAUGAUCAAUGGUUCGAACUAUUUAUGAAUCUAUCCUUGACGUUAACCAAAUAUCAAAGUGUUGAAGAUGGACUAAGUAUUAUUGAGACGGCCCAAGAGGUUAAUGUAUUUAUUCAAGCUCCUGAGAGGGCCAAGAUGAUGAAAUUUGUCAAGCUUGCUAUCGUUCUAGAGAGGAACAACGAAGAAGAAAUUUCGGAAAAUUUAAGAGGGCUAUUAAAUCAAUAUCAAUUCAAUAGAAAGGUUCUUGAAAUAUUUUUACUGAGUUUAUCACAAGGUCAAAUGUCUUCAGAUAUUAUCAGUAGCACAGUUCAACAAAAAUUUUUCCUAAGACAAAUCAAAGCAUUUGAUAGUUGCAGAUUUGCUACACAUGUAAACGGACAGGCUUCUGUCACUAAUAAAGAGGUCGUUAAUCCGGAUAAAAUAGCAUCCCCGUACCUGUACUACAUAUAUGCAGUCUUACUUUAUUCGUCAAGAGGUUUUCUAUCUGCUCUACAAUAUUUGAGCUGGUUAGAGAAAGAUACACCAGAUGAUCCUAUGGUCAAUUUAUUAAUGGGUCUUUGUCACACCCAUAGGUCGAUGCAAAGAUUGACUGCUAAUAGACAUUUCCAAUUUUUACAUGGUCUUCGUUAUUUAUACCGUUACUAUGAUAUUAGAAGUACAAUGUAUUCAGAGCUAGAAAGUCAGGAGGCAGAUUAUAAUGUUGGGCGUGCUUUCCAUUUGAUGGGUCUUACGUCUAUUGCGAUAACCUACUAUAAUAAAGUUCUAACAGAUUAUAAAGAUGAUAAACUGAAGAAACAUGCUGCGUAUAAUAGCAUAGUAAUUUAUCAAGGAAGUGGAAACAUAAAAUUAGCGAACCAUAUAAUGGAACAAUACCUAUCCAUAUAA